AGGUCUUACCGUGGAGACCAGAGGUAACGGAACGCUGCCAGAGACCAGCAGGACCGAUAAAGUGUAACAAUGGCUGCUGUUUAUUCUGGCAUUUCCCUUAAACUUAAAAGCAAGUCAACUUCCUGGGAAGAUAAACUAAAACUAGCUCACUUUGCUUGGAUUUCCCACCAGUGUUUUCUUCCAAAUAAAGAGCAAGUAUUACUUGAUUGGGCCAGACAGACAUUGGUUGCAUUUUACAAGAAAAAACUUGAACUGAAGGAAGACAUUGUUGAAAGACUUUGGAUCUAUAUAGAUAACAUUCUGCAUAGCAGGAAGUUGCAGACUCUGCUUAAGAAUGGAAAGACAGUUGACCUUCAGCUUUCCCUAGUCAAGAUCAUAAAUGAGAGAAUAACCGAGUUCUCUCUUUCGGGAUCCCAAAGGAACAUCUGUGCUGUGCUGAGCUGCUGCCAGGGCAUCCUCUCCACACCUGCCCUUGCUGUCAUUUACACAGCCAAACAGGAGCUGAUUGUGACCUUGCUGAGUCAGCUGUGUAAGUUAGCCUGCAAACAGCCAGAGGAACCCGUGCCAGCCCAGUUAUUUGAGCUUAUUCAUCUUGCUCUUGGCCAUUACUUAUCGAUCCAGAAGCAGCAGGUCAACCCAAGACGUGCCUUUGGGGAGGUGACUGGGCACCUGCUGCAGCCUUGCCUAGUCCUGAGACACCUGCUGUCAUCAGGCACAUGGACGCAGGCAAGCCAGGGUCAGCAGUGGCAGGCACUGAGCAGAGACAUUCGGAGUCAGAUUGAGGCUAUGCUUCAAGGUGGAGUUUUUCAGCCAGAACUGCUCUCCUCCUACAAAGAGGAGCUCUUGGACCACAAACAAGAGGACACAAAGAUGGCGGCCAUGAAGACUCUUCUAGCUCCAGCAGACACUGUGAUUGCUGCACUGGUGGAUUCUAGCUACUGUGAACCAUCCCUUCAUGUUGCCGUUAUAACCAGCUCGGUGACUUUGCUGUAUAAGCUCUUCCUAGAUGCGUAUUUCAAAGAAGGGAACCAGUUUCUCUGCUUCCAGGUGUUCCCUAGGCUCUUUGACUGCUUGAGGAUUUCACACCUGCAGGAGAAGCAGGUAAAUGCUCUGUCUGUAUCAGAUUGGACUGCUGAACUACUGGUAGUGGAGCAGCUGCUUAACCUUGUGGCCAAUCACAAUAUCUACAAUAUAGCAGCUGAUAGGAUCCGGCAUGGAGAGGCUCAAUUCCACUUUUACCGUCGUGUGGCUGAGCUGCUGAUAAACCAUUCACAAGCACUUGUGCCAGCCUGGUUCCGCUGCCUCAAGGUUUUGAUGUCUCUGAAUCACUUGAUUUUGGAGCCAGAUCUGGAUGACCUGUUGUCCUCAGCUUGGAUUGACGCAGAAGUAACAGAGUAUCGAACCAGAAAAGCCCAGGAGAUGCUCAUUCAUGCUCUCUUCCAGACGUAUGCCAAACUCCGGCAAGUGCCUCGGUUGUUUGAGGAGAUUUUGGGAGUGCUCUGUCGUCCAGCUGCAGAAGCACUGAGACAGCCUGUACUGGCCUCUGGCCCUUCCAAGGUGCUUUGUGAGUGUCUCUUGGAGUUACCACUGAGCCAGAUCUUAGACACAUGUACCCUCCUUCUAGAUAAAUUCCAGUCUCUGGUCUUGCCUUACUUGCAGGGUGAUGUAGACAUGGCCCUAAAGUCACUGUCCCUGAGCUCUCUGCUACACUGCAUCAUGUUUAACAUGAAGAGUUUGGACAGCAGCACACCUCAGCCCAUCAUCAAACGGAUGCAGUGUAUGAUGGAGAGAGUUCUCCAGGGGCUUGUGAAGCCCAAGCUGGACCUUCUCUUAGUCUCACAAGUCCCAGAAUCUGAGCUGUGGCUGCAGAAGGUUAGUGACUCUGCACUCCUGCUUGCUUACACCUGGGCUCAGGUGGACACCAUGCUCAGUAUAAACUGUAGCCAGUAUUGCUCUGUGUCAGGGACCCUCACAUGUGAUGCUCUGAAGAACUCAAGCUACCCUUUGUUGCUCUCAGGUGUAGAAACACAUCAUUGGGAGAAGAUUGAAAAAUUGAUCGUGCAGUUUGACUCUCUUGGCAAGUACUGUUUAGAGCUACUCCAUUUGCAGAGAAUGAAAAGGAUUUUAAUGCAAACUAGUGACCAGUCUGAAGAAACCCUCUGCAUUUUGAGGGGUGAUGCUGCUUUCAUUCUUGAUUCUGGCAGAGAGAGCUUUAAUCAGAGAUCAACAACGUCAUGGGAUGGCCAGGUAGCAACAUUGAGUGCACUUGCAUACCCUGUGGCACACUGGCACUUGAUUGUGUCAAAUCUUACCAUUUUAAUGUCCUAUCUAUGUUCAGAUGACGUGAGAUACCUGGCCAGUGUCCUGCUAAGCACUUUGUCAAUGAGUCAAGCCCAGGAAGGCUUGGUAGACGAAGAACAGCACAUUACACUUGAAAAGCUAUCUAAGAGCAUUCUUUAUAGUCCUCUUUUUCCAGAAUUACAAUCCCUUCAUUCUGCUUUUUUAAUGUGCCUAUCUGUGAGAUGUUCUAGCAUUUUGUGUUCUCAUGUCCAGAAUGAGUCCUCUCUUAAGCACUGGUUACCCUGGCUUUUUGAAAAGAACCACACAGUUGUGGCCCAUUUGGAAAACAGGUUUGCAAAAUCUGGGCCUGAAGGUGUAGAACCAAAAGGAGAAAUUGCCCAGAACUUACUGUCCUUGGUGAAGAGUGACUUUCCGAUCCAGCUGGAGGAAGAACAGCUAGAAAGCCUCCUGGAACUUUUAGAAAUUAUUUCUACUCUACAAUUGGAUAGCCUCUUAACGCCCUACCAUGUACAUUAUUUCCUUUUAUUACUGUCUAUGGUUUUAGCUGAGUUCGGGCACUCUUGCUCUUCUUCAUUGACUCUCAAAUUUUUGAUGACUUGUUAUAAACUUCUGGGUUAUCUUCAAAGGGGGAAAAGUGCCAAGUCAGUGCUCAAGAUCUUGUAUGUAAGUGAUAUUUUUGAGAUCAUACUGACCUCAUUGUUCAAAGUAAGUAGAUUGUUCUUCGAUAUGGAUAACCCCUCUUGGAUGGAGUUCCUCCAAGUUACUGAGACAUUCUUAGAACAACUAAUGCAGAUGCUUAUACAGAUAAAGUUGAAUUUGGUGAUAAAUUUUGGGAAGAUCAUCACAUUCCUCUCACAGUGCAAACUGUCUACUGAAGCACCUUUAAGCAAACAUUCGGAAAAUCAGCAACCUCUGUGUAGACAGCUCCUUCUGAUGUCUUUUACUAAGUUAUGCCAAGUCCUAGGGCCUUUCGUUAGAGAGAGGAAACAGCAGCAUGAGGCACUGGAAGCUCUGCAGAAGCUGUUGGAGCAAGCCAUUCUCCACACAGGGACUGUGCUCCAGCUCUGCCUGACAUGUGAGACCUCAGGUCAGUGCCUUUCCUCUGCCUUCAUCUCCUCAGUUGUCACCCUCUUGGAAGCGGAUGUGCACCAGAACUCCAGUCCCAGGACAGAGCUUUCCCCAGCUGCCGACAAGGUGCUGCUCCCUCGUGCUGCCCUGUACCAGAACAUGUACUCAAAGAUCUUGACAGGGUUGCCAUCCCUAGCAGGAAACAUUCCAUCUUUUCAGGCAGCUGUUCGAUUUUUAACUGUCUUCUUGUUGGCCCCGGAACUACAUCCCACGAAGGAUUCCUGUUUUACCUCCAUCUUUAAUUCAGUGAGAGAAGUUCUUACAGAUCCUGCAAUUUCAGUUCAGGUAAUUCAGGAUAUUGAACCUCAUUUGAAAAUGUUGUUCAGCCAAAUAUUAGCGGUUGGGACUAUAGAGGACUUUCGGAUGGUGAUGCAGUAUGUUCUGCAAGGAUUAGACACCAGUAACAUGUGGAAAGCAGAUGUGAAGGCUAUGCUGUCAACUGUUACUUUGAUCAAGUUGCUGUUGAAUUGCCCCUUUAAUGGAGACCAAGCAAGUUUGUUCUGGCGUGCAAGCCCUCAGAUCAUCACAGCUCUAACUCUGCAAAACCGAGAGGCUUGUCAGGAACAGCCGGUGCCCGUCAAGGUGGUCAUGCCCAUUUUGGAUGUACUGGCCACACUGCUGCGGCAGGGAGAGGAGAUCAUCAGCAACCCACACCAUGUCAGCCUGGCCUUCAGCAUCCUGUUGACAGUCCCCUUGGACCACCUGAAGCCUCCCGAGUAUGGAAGCAUCUUCCUGAAUGUACAUAAUGUGCUUUUCACAAUCCUGCAGUGUCAUCAGAAGGUAAUGCUGAAAGCCAUCCCUUCUUUCUUAAAUUGUUUUAAUAGAUUGGUUUUUUCGGUUAUUCAUGAAGGACGACAGAAAGACAAAGGAGGCACUGAUGACCUGCCAGUGAUCCUAGAGUGUGCCCGCUUGGUGGAAAGGAUGUACAGCCAUAUUGCAGCUCAAACCGAAGAGUUCACAGUGUUCUCCCCAUUCAUGGUGGCCCAGUAUUUGACUGAGGUGCAGAAGGUUACCUUGUAUCCAGCGGUGAAAAAUCUUCUGCAGGAAGGCAUUUAUCUAAUCUUGGACCUCUGCCUUGAGCGUGACAUCCAGUUCUUACGAGUUUCACUGCAUCCAGGAAUGAGAGAUGUCUUUAAGGAGCUCUACAAUGAUUACAUGAAGUACCAUAAGGCGAAACACGAAGGAGAGAAAAGAUACACUGCUUAAGACUGCAUUAUAGACAUGUGACAUGUCUUUAGCUCCAUGUAGAAUGUCUUUUGGCUCCAAAGAAUGAAAAAAUGAAAGACUUUAAAUGUUGUAACUUGCAUAUGUGGAAAGCUCUUUGGAUUAAUGUAAUGUUACUGUAUUUUACAAUAAUUUUUAGAGUACUUUUUAAGUUUAUUUUUUUAAUGUAAUAAGAAUUGUAAUAGAGCCCCGAAAAUUGACUCGUAAUGAAGUGAAUUAAAUAAAAUAAUUGCAGAGUU